CCUGCCCGAGUCCUAACAGAUCCCGCUCUCUUUUUAAGCCCCGCCCGAGCCUUGCUAGGCUCCGCCCACAGCUCCAGCCCUCGGAUCCUUUCUCCCCAAGGCCCCUCCCUAGCCUCCGAAGCCCCGGUCCACUCGGGCCUCAUCCCCGCACCCUAGCCUUGCUCCGUCACCGUCACGCCCAGCGCAUUCCGCAAGCGCCGACAGUACAGAGGGGCCCCAGACGGAAGGCGGUGGGCUCCCCGGCCCUGGCCCCGCCUCUCUGCAGCUGCCCGCGCCCCCCACCCACCACCCCGACGGCAGCGACAAAGGCAUCCCGGGACACCGCGACAUGCCCGAGCUGGUGGUGACGGCUCUCCUGGCGCCGUCGCGCCUGACCCUGAAGCUGCUGCGCGCCUUCAUGUGGACCCUCGUGUUCUCGGCGGCACUGGUGGCGGCCGCCGUCUACGGCUGCAUCGCGCUCACUAACGUGCUGUGCCGGCCCCGGCGCGGCUGUUGCGGGCGCCCCCGGCGCACUCGACCCGCCUGCUUGAACGACCCGACUCUGGGCGAACACUGCUUCCUGACUCUCGAGAGUUCGGGCCUGCGCCUGCACUGUGUCUCCGCCGGACGCGGCAACGGGCCCCUCAUGCUGUUUCUGCACGGCUUCCCUGAGAACUGGUUCUCCUGGCGCUACCAGCUCCGCGAGUUUCAGAGCCGAUUCCACGUGGUAGCUGUGGACCUGCGGGGAUACGGCUCCACCGAUGCACCUCGGGGUGUUGACUCCUACACCAUCGACCUGCUAAUGGCAGACAUCCAGGAUGUCAUCCUGGGCCUGGGUUACUCCAAGUGCAUCCUAGUGUCCCACGACUGGGGUGCACUCCUAGCCUGGAAUUUCUCCAUUUACUACCCAUCCCUGGUUGAGCGGAUGGUAGUGGUCAGCGCAGCCCCCAUGUCUGUGUACCAAGACUACUCCAUGCACCACAUUGGCCAGUUCUUCCAUUCCAACUACAUAUUCCUGUUCCAACUUCCCUGGCUGCCCGAGAAGUUGCUGUCCAUGUCUGACUUCCAGAUCCUGAAGACCACCCUCACGCACCACAAGAGGGGCAUCCCACACUUGACCCCCAACGAGCUGGAGGCCUUCCUUUAUGAUUUUUCACAGCCUGGGGGCCUCACUGGGCCCCUCAACUACUACCGAAACCUCUUCAGGUACUUCCCCCUGGAGCCCCAGGAGCUGGCCAUGCCCACACUGCUGCUGUGGGGGGAGAAGGACACCUACUACGACCAAGGGCUGGUGGGGGCCAUCAGCAGCCGCUUUGUGCCCGGCCGGCUGGAAGCCCACAUCCUGCCAGAUGUGGGCCACUGGAUCCCACAGAGCAACCCCAAGGAAAUGCACCAGUACAUGUGGGCCUUCUUGCAAGACCUACUGAACUAGUGGCCCUCGUUGGCCAGCCUGUGUGCACCUGGGAUCCAUACAAUGUAUACACCCAGGUGGAUCUGGGGGUGCCCUCAGACACACCAACCUGUAUGUUCAAACACAGGCAUGAGUGUGUGCACAUGUGAGCAAGCACUGUGGCUUUGGGGAACCAUGUGCGCCUCUCUGUGGAGCUAGAUGCUCAGUGUCCUACCUCUCCCCUCCCUGGGGCCCCACUCUUCUUGCCAAAGUCAGCCCCCAGAGCUACACAAACCAUAAGCUGUCUGAUCUUCCUGUCCUUGGCUUCCACCUCCAGUCUGGGGCUUCAGCUAAAAAAAAAUAUGGUACUGUAGCCACAUCUGGCUACUUCAGUUUCAACACAAAUUGAUUAAAAUUAAAUACACUUAAAAAUUCACUUCCUCAGGAGAGAGGGGAACCCUCCUACACUGGCUGAUGGGAAUGUAAACUAGUUCAACCAUUGUGGAAAGCAGUAUGGAGGUUCCUCAAAAAACUCAAAAUAGAAAUACCAUUUGACCCAGGAAUUCCACUCCU